GAAGCAUGUUGUGUUGGGAUAGAAGCAUCACUGAGACGUGAUGAUGCUGUCAUCACUGCAUAUAGAGCACAUGGAUGGGCAUACACACGAGGAUUGUCAGUUCAUAGUGUCCUCUCUGAACUCACAGGUCGUAAAACUGGAUGUUCUAAAGGCAAGGGUGGCUCCAUGCAUAUGUAUGCUCCUAAUUUCUAUGGUGGAAAUGGUAUCGUUGGUGCACAGGUACCUCUUGGUGCUGGUAUUGCCUUUGCAUUGAAAUACAACAACUCAGAUAAUGUCUGUGUGUCUCUGUUUGGUGAUGGUGCCGCCAAUCAGGGCCAGUUAUUUGAAACAUUCAACAUGGCUAAACUAUGGGAUCUACCAGCCAUCUUUGUCUGUGAAAAUAAUGGCUAUGGUAUGGGUACAAGUGUUGAAAGAGCUGCAGCUAGCACAGACUACUUUACCAGAGGUGAUUAUAUUCCUGGUAUCUGGAUGAUUUGCUGUGCUGCAAUGUGGAGCAAAAUUGAAGAUUUUACUGAUUUAUCCAGAAGAAAACGUGACACAACAGGGAUUGAGAUUACUAUUGGUUCUGACGAUAGCUGUUCUACAAAGGAUGAAGGUUUCUGCAAUGGUCCUUUGAAGGACGGCACAUCAUAUAGAUAUCAUUUUAGAGCAUACACAGAUGUUGGAUACUCAGAUACUGUACUUUCAGGUCCAAUUCGAACAAGCACUAACAUGUCAUGGUUGUGGUUACUUCUUGGUGUAUUGCUUGGUGUAUUGAUAGCUGUUGCUAUCAUUCUUGCUAUCAUUUAUUAUAAACGAAGAUAUUAUGAAGAAACUACUACACGUACUGUUGAGGGUACAGCAAAUCCUGAAUUUAUCGGAUUGAGAGAUGAAAACGGCAAACCUCCAAUUGCUCAGAAGCCUAAGACACAGAAACAUUCAAAACCUGUGAAGCUGGCUGAAUAUCAUGGAUAUUUCCAAAUUAUGAGUGCAGACAUGGAGUUCCGCUUCUCAGAAGAAUAUGAUGAACUGCGACCAGUUGGGAGAGAACAGUCUUGGGAUGCAGCUGAGUUGCCAGAAAAUAGAGCUAAAAAUAGAUACACCAACAUUCUACCAUAUGAUCGUACAAGAGUUAAACUCUCACAGGUGGAAGAUGAUGAAGCCACUGAUUAUCUCAAUGCUAACUGGAUGCCAGGUUUCAAUUCUCCCAGGGAAUUCAUCGCUGUACAAGGAACACUGCCAGGUACCAAGGAUGAUUUUUGGAGAAUGAUUUGGGAAUAUAAUGUGAGCACCAUUGUCAUGGUAACACAAUGUCAGGAAAGAGGACGGGUGAAAUGUGAGCGUUAUUGGCCAACUGAUGAUAACCCAGUUUACUAUGGUGAUGUGUUGGUGACAGUCACUCAUGAAAAUGAACUGACUGAUUGGGUUAUCAGGGAAUUCACAGUGGAAAACGGCAAGUCACUGAGACGAAUACGUCACUUUAAUUUCACUGCGUGGCCUGAUCAUGGUGUACCUGAAGAAACAGGUUCUCUGAUCAAGUUUGUACGAUCUGUCAGGGCGCAGAUUCAGAAUGAUGGUACACCAACUGUUGUACAUUGCAGUGCUGGUGUUGGUAGGACUGGUACUUUCAUUGCACUAGAUAGACUUAUACAGCAUAUAAAGGAGUAUGACUACGUGGAUAUAUUUGGUAUCGCAUGUGAAAUGAGAAUGCAUAGAGUCUAUAUGAUCCAAACUGAGUCCCAGUACAUAUUCAUUCAUCUUUGUGUGGAUGACCUAUUAAAAGAGCGAGAACAACCGGAUGAGCCGGAUGAGCCAGAUUCUACCCCAGAUACUACGGAACACAUCUAUGGUAAUGUACCUUCUGUUACUGUCAUGCGAAAUGGACCAGAUGUUGUCACAGCUAAUCUAGGUGAUGCAUAUAAGCGUAAUUCUGUUAUUGCUCAAGCCUAAAUUGUCCCUUUUAUUAAAAAACUGAAUUGUAAACUGAAGAAACUCUAAACAAAGAACAAAGGCACC